ACUAUGGCCAAAAUGGAGGUGAAAACGUCACUGCUGGACAAUAUGAUUGGAGUUGGAGAUAUGGUUCUUUUAGAGCCUCUCAAUGAGGAGACCUUCAUUAACAACCUCAAGAAGCGCUUUGACCACAAUGAGAUAUACACAUACAUUGGAAGUGUGGUUAUCUCUGUUAACCCAUACCGGUCAUUGCCCAUUUAUUCACCGGAGAAAGUAGAAGAUUACAGGAAUAGAAAUUUUUAUGAACUGAGCCCUCACAUCUUUGCCCUGUCAGAUGAAGCAUACCGAUCCCUGCGAGAUCAAGAUAAGGACCAGUGCAUUCUCAUUACUGGGGAAAGCGGAGCCGGAAAAACAGAGGCCAGCAAGCUUGUUAUGUCCUACGUAGCAGCUGUUUGUGGAAAAGGAGCAGAAGUUAAUCAAGUCAAAGAACAGCUUUUGCAGUCCAACCCGGUCCUGGAAGCUUUUGGAAAUGCCAAGACUGUAAGGAAUGACAACUCCUCUAGAUUUGGCAAAUAUAUGGAUAUUGAAUUUGAUUUUAAAGGCGAUCCACUGGGAGGAGUGAUUAGUAACUAUCUUCUAGAGAAAUCUCGAGUGGUUAAGCAGCCAAGGGGUGAAAGAAACUUCCAUGUGUUCUAUCAGCUGCUCUCUGGUGCCUCUGAGGAGCUCCUCAAUAAACUUAAACUCGAGCGGGAUUUCAGCAGAUAUAACUACUUGAGUCUGGACUCUGCCAAAGUUAAUGGAAUCGACGAUGCAGCAAAUUUCAGAACCGUUAGGAAUGCCAUGCAGAUUGUGGGUUUUAUGGAUCAUGAGAUCGAGUCUGUCUUGGAAGUGGUAGCAGCGGUGUUGAAACUGGGGAACAUCGAGUUCAAGCCUGAAUCUCGAGUGAAUGGUUUAGAUGAAAGCAAAAUCAAAGACAAAAAUGAGGUGAAAGAAAUUUGUGAGUUGACUGGCAUUGAUCAGUCAGUUCUAGAACGAGCGUUCAGUUUCCGAACAGUCGAGGCCAAGCAGGAGAAAGUUUCAACUACACUGAAUGUGGCUCAGGCUUAUUAUGCCCGGGACGCUCUGGCUAAAAACCUCUACAGCAGGUUGUUUUCGUGGUUGGUAAAUCGAAUCAAUGAAAGCAUUAAGGCACAGACAAAAGUGAGAAAGAAGGUCAUGGGCGUUUUGGACAUUUAUGGCUUUGAAAUUUUUGAGAAUGCAGACAACAGCUUUGAGCAGUUCAUUAUUAAUUAUUGUAAUGAAAAGCUGCAACAAAUCUUCAUUGAACUUACUCUUAAAGAAGAGCAGGAGGAGUAUAUACGGGAGGACAUAGAAUGGACGCACAUUGACUACUUCAAUAAUGCUAUCAUUUGUGACCUAAUAGAAAAUAACACAAAUGGCAUCCUGGCCAUGCUGGAUGAGGAGUGCUUGCGGCCCGGCGCCGUCACCGACGAGACCUUCUUAGAAAAGCUGAACCAAGUCUGUGCUACCCACCAGCACUUCGAGAGCAGGAUGAGCAAGUGCUCUCGGUUUCUCAAUGACACGUCCCUGCCCCACAGCUGCUUCAGAAUUCAGCAUUAUGCUGGCAAGGUGCUGUACCAAGUAGAGGGAUUUGUCGACAAAAACAAUGACCUUCUCUACCGAGACCUGUCCCAAGCCAUGUGGAAGGCCGGCCACACCCUCGUCAAGUCUUUGUUCCCCGAAGGGAACCCUGCCAAGAUCAACCUGAAAAGGCCUCCUACUGCAGGCUCACAGUUCAAGGCGUCCGUGGCCACUCUGAUGAAAAACCUGCAGACCAAGAAUCCCAACUACAUUCGGUGUAUCAAACCAAACGAUAAAAAGGCGGCACACAUCUUCAAUGAGGCUCUGGUCUGUCAUCAGAUCAGAUACCUAGGCCUUCUGGAGAACGUCCGAGUGAGGAGGGCAGGCUAUGCCUUCAGGCAGGCCUACGAACCUUGCCUAGAAAGAUACAAAAUGCUCUGUAAACAAACAUGGCCUCAUUGGAAAGGACCAGCAAGGGCUGGUGUGGAGGUUCUGUUUAAUGAAUUGGAGAUCCCUGUGGAAGAAUAUUCUUUUGGUAGAUCAAAGAUAUUCAUCCGAAACCCAAGAACAUUAUUCAAAUUAGAAGACCUGAGGAAGCAGAGGCUUGAGGACCUGGCCACUCUCAUUCAGAAGAUUUACCGGGGUUGGAAAUGCCGCACACACUUUCUGCUGAUGAGAAAGAGCCAGAUCGUGAUUGCUGCCUGGUACAGGAGAUACGCCCAACAAAAGAGGUAUCAACAGAUAAAGAGUUCUGCUUUGGUCAUUCAGUCUUACAUCCGGGGUUGGAAGGCCCGAAAAAUCCUGCGGGAACUCAAGCAUCAAAAGCGCUGUGAGGAAGCAGCCACCACCAUUGCUGCGUAUUGGCACGGGACCCAGGCUCGAAGGGAAUUGAAACGCUUGAAGGAGGAGGCUAGGCGCAAGCAUGCAGUUGCUGUCAUUUGGGCUUACUGGCUUGGACUGAAGGUACGGAGGGAAUACAGGAAAUUCUUCAGAGCCAAUGCAGGAAAGAAAAUUUAUGAAUUUACAAUUCAGAGAAUUGUGCAAAAGUACUUCUUGGAAAUGAAAAAUAAGAUGCCUUCCUUAUCUCCAAUAGACAAAAAUUGGCCAUCAAGACCUUACCUAUUCCUGGAUUCUACUCAUAAGGAGCUAAAGAGGAUUUUCCAUUUGUGGAGGUGUAAAAAAUACAGGGACCAAUUCACAGACCAGCAGAAACUUAUUUAUGAAGAGAAACUAGAAGCCAGUGAACUCUUCAAAGACAAGAAGGCUUUGUACCCAUCCAGUGUUGGCCAACCAUUCCAAGGGGCUUACCUGGAAAUCAACAAGAAUCCCAAGUAUAAGAAACUCAAAGACUCCAUUGAAGAAAAGAUUAUCAUUGCUGAAGUUGUAAACAAAAUUAACCGUGCAAACGGGAAGAGUACAUCCCGGAUUUUCCUCUUAACAAAUAAUAACCUCCUUCUUGCUGAUCAAAAGUCUGGACAGAUCAAGUCAGAGGUCCCCCUGGUGGAUGUCACUAAAGUAUCGAUGAGCUCACAGAACGAUGGCUUCUUUGCCAUCCACCUCAAAGAGGGCUCCGAGGCAGCCAGCAAAGGAGACUUUCUCUUCAGCAGUGAUCACCUGAUUGAAAUGGCCACCAAGCUCUAUCGGACGACUCUCAGCCAGACCAAACAGAAGCUCAAUAUUGAAAUUUCCGAUGAGUUCCUGGUGCAAUUCAGACAGGACAAAGUAUGUGUGAAGUUUAUUCAGGGCAACCAGAAAAAUGGGAGUGUCCCAACGUGCAAGCGAAAAAACAACCGUCUCCUUGAAGUCGCUGUUCCUUAACUGGUGCCUCCCUCCUCUCUGCUUUCAUGGACUUGUUUCUUUGUAAUAGUGCAAUUUGGUUUGGUUUGGUUCGGAGUUCAUUGUAUGUUUGGGAACUGUCAAAGGCUAAUACCAUUAGAAUCCCUUGGCAAAAUAAAAAUAUUUGACUAAUCAGUUUUUAUUAUUGGAAUAGUUUUAACCCUUAAAGUACACAUUCUGUGUACAACCCUGGGACAGGAUUGUAGAAACUAACAGUGUCCAUGCCCCGUCAUAUGUGUUCUUUGUUUAGUCGUGUUAGAUCUGUGUACCUUAAAUCAACAUAUUACUCAUAAAUCAUUAAUACAUCUAAGUAUAGGAAACAGUCUUAAAAGAUAGUGUAUUCAUUCAUCAAAUAUUUAUUGAAUGCCUACUCAGUUCUAGGCUCUGUGCUAGAUGUUAUGAAAAGUUUUUAGGAACUUUUUUGUUUGUUUUAAGGUCGUUGCAUUCUGGCUGGUUUGUGCUGGCUUUAUUGGGGCUGAGAGAGUUUUGUUGAGACCAAAACAGUAAUUGUUGAUGGACAGUGUGAUUCGGGAUCCUGUAGUGUGACUUUAACAAUAUGUACUUCAAGAAGGGCUGGUCCUAGGAAGUAGAAAUGUAUGACUGGGUAAAAUGCCUCUACAUGUGAUUUCUAUUUGAAAAGAGAAAAUUGACAUUUGAAUAGGACUUUUCAUUUGUUUAGAUCUCUUGUAAUUGCUUAGAAAAGAGAGUCAUUCUUAUUUUAGCAAAAAUGACAGAAGCAGUCCAGUAAGAUUAUAUUUUCUGUUUCUGGUAGACAUCACGUAUGAUCCUACAUAUGCAAACAUCUGCAGAGUGUUUUCACACACAUCUGAGUCAAUACUUUAAACAGCUGAGACAGUGUAAGACUGAAAGCCUUUCAGAUAGUGGCAAAAUUCUGUAUGAUGUGCAAUAAACAUCCAAGAUCUUUUUUGAAAGUUUUAUUUAUAAUAUACAUUUUGUAUGAGAGAAGUGAUUGGUACAGGGUGCAUAUUUUAACUAAGGAUCAAAAUUGUGUUAAUUUGCAGAACAUUUUUUGUUUUCAAAUUUAAAGUAAGGAUUCAUUUUGGAAGCUACAUUUUAAACUUUGGAAUCAAAUUGUUUCUUAUUUGGAGAAUAAUGUAUAUACAAUGGUAUGUUAAAUAAUAAAACUGUUCUAAUUUGGUGCCAUUUCCUGGAUCACAACUGUAUUUUUGUAUCUCAAGCUAUUUUUCUAUGUUGUGUGUUACUAUAUUGUCGCACAGAAAGGCUUUGCAAUCCAAACAUUUUAUGUUCUCUGUGUAAUUGAAUUUCAUUUAUCUUUUAUAAACCAGAAACAUUCAUUG